CCGAGGGUGGCCAGGGAGGGGCCUGGUGGGGACAGGAAGGGGAACUGUGGCUGCCAGCGCUGUCCUGUCUGGGAACUAAGGCGGAAGGAGAGCCACUGCCAGGAGGCCCCAUGGAGAGCCAGCCUCGGCGGCGGUGGGCCCCGCGCGCGGCCCCCUGGCUCCUGGGCCUGCUCCUGAGCCCCUGGGCCCUGCGGCUCACAGGAGGGCAGUCGGUGGCGCGCCCUGGCCCCCCGGUUCUGGCCUCUCUGGCCAACCAGGCCGUGUCCUUCAGCUGCAGAAUCACCUACCCGUACACCCCAGCGUUCAGAACCUUCACCGUCAGCUCCUUCUAUGUGAACCGCCAGGGCCAGGAGAGCGCCGAGGAGCCGACCGGCUGCCAGCCCAGCGCCGGCCAGGAGAACCAGACCCACACCACGGAGUGCCUGGUCACCCCCCGGCUGCCCAGCGCGCUGGCCACCGGCACCUACUACUGCUCCGUCCGCUGGCCGCACGGCAGCGUGCGGGGCCCGGGCACCUUCAUCCUGGUCCGAGCCCUGGCUGGCUCCUCGCAGAAGCAGAUGCGGGCUUCCUGGAGGCAGCUGGCUCAGAGGAUCCCGGCCGCCAAGAUCCCGCCCCCAAAGAUCCCGGCUCCGAGCACGGCCAGCCCCAAGCAGCCUCCUGAGGAGUCUGCCUACAUGGCCCUGCAGCGCCAGGACACGGAGAUCUACGCCUGCAUGCAGAGCGAGGCCGGCAGCCCGCCCGCCAGGAGGACCUUCCUCUCCCAGGAGAAUGCGCAGCGAUGUCAGAGUGAGAGCGAGUUUAACCUGGUCUAUGAGAACCUCUAGGGCCAGCUCCGAGGCGGAUCCGAGGCUCUGGGGCCGCCCCUCCCUCCAGAGGACUCGAUCGGGACCAAGAGUGAGGCCUCAGGGGCGCAGGGCACUCACCCCACAUUCCAGCCCUUCCUGCCUGGCCUGCACCCACCCCCGGGGCACCCACCGCGUGUUUCUCACCUCCAGGCCUUUGUCCACUCCGUGCCCUCUGCCCGGUGGGCCCCUCCUCUGUGUUCAGGGGCUCCCGUGGGCCCCCAUUCCAGAUCCCCCUCGGCCUCUGGGCUCUCUGGGCACCAGGCGGUACCAUGGCCCACAAGGCCCCCCGAGACUCAGGAGGGAGCCGGUGAGGGACCCGUGUCGGUGCUGUGCACAGGAGGGGAAAUAAAGGAGCAACGGUGA